AUGCUCGGCGUCCUCCUCUACGGGCACAAUGAGGCCGAGCAGUACAUCAGGAAGGUGGAGGGCGAGGACGUCGCCCACGGGUGCAAGCUGGAGGCUAGCAGGACCAACCAGAAGUGCGUGAGGUGCCGCGAGCAAGCUGUCAACGCGGUUUGGGAGGUGUUAUGGAGGGUGGACGGAACGAUGGACCCGAUGCCGGUACCGCCGCCAGAGGGCUCUGCUGCUCGUCACAGAGGUGAUACACGUGUGGCACCUGAUUGCGGAAGGAUUCCCCUUGCAGCUUGCACCUCUGCAAAUCAAGUGGACUCAUUGGAUACUUUCCGUCCCCCUCCAUGGCCUUUGCCUUACAAUGAUCCUCAAUUCAGCGCUCGCAUGGUGCAGCACCCAACAGUGUCAGGACAUGACAAGGCAUCAACGCAUAUCCAGAAACCAGAACAACCUACAGAAAGUAAGAAUGCUGAUGCUGGAUCAACUUGCACAGCCCAUAAGGUUUCUGAGACAUCAGCAAAACAGCACUCAGGAGGUUCGAGAAUUGAUGGAAUACAAUUCUGUGAUUCUUCUGACAAUGAGGAUGACUGUCCGAUAUGCCUAGAAGAAUAUGAUGAUGAGAAUCCGAAGAUUGCAUUGCAAUGCAACCAUAAUUUCCAUCUUAGUUGCAUUUAUGAGUGGAUGGAAAGAAGUGAAGCUUGCCCUGUCUGUGCAAAGAUUAUGUUGUUCAAUGAGGAUAAAUGA